UUGGGACUGAGGUGACGUCAGCUACGUGCAUGCCCGGGCGGAUCAAAGCACGCGACUCGGGGGAGAGAGACCAUCAGGCCCGCACCACAUCUUGUCGUCGUCGUCGUCGCGGCGCACCACCUGCUGCCUUGCCUGCCGCAGAGACGAGAGAGCAGAGCAGAGCAGAGAGAGAGAGAGAGAGGGGGCAGGCAGCACGCAGCAGCAGCCGCCAGCAGGCUCGUCGUCUCCUUCCUCGCAUGCUUUGAUAGAUAGAAGAUGCAUCUGGUGGCCCGUCCCGGGCAAUAAUUCGCAACCUUUGUCUCUCACCGGCGACGCAACGCUACAACACAAGCGCCGGGCGCGAGAGCGAAAAAAAAGCUAGAGAGAGAAACGGAGAGAGAGCUCCGCGCCCAUUAAUUCCACUGUGAUUCCAUCUCCUUUGUCCUCCUCCUCCUCCUCCUGCGCGUCGUCGUCUCAGCCCAGCCGUCCCACCGCUUCUUUUCUUUUCUUUUCUUUUUAAGCUCCCCACCCAGCGGCCCUCUCUUCCUUCUUCUCUCAUCAGUCUCUUCUCCCUUGGAUAGACAUAAAUCCCUUGGCUCCCUCUGCAUUGCUGCUGGCAACCAAAUCUGAGGCAGCAAAAAGCAGGGCAGUCAACAAGGCACAGGCUUCUCCACCCGCUCCAUCUCCUGUCCUUGCCGUGCGUGCCUGUGUGUCCGUACGUGGCUCCGGGCCGCGAGGUGAUGAGGGCGGGCGGGAUGCUGUGCCGGUCGCAGGCGGCGACGGCGGUGUGCGUGCCGGGGGACGCGCGGUCCAUGGUGGUGUCCCGCCGCGCCGACCGCACCAUCGUGGCCGACGACGACGCCCGCCGCGCCCUGCACGACGUCAGGUACGCGCGCCUCGGCGGCGGCGGCGGCGACGGGGGUCGCCGGUCCACGUCACGCAGGUUCGCGGCGGCCAGGGCUGCUGCGCCGCCUCCGCCUCCGUCCGCUAGUGCGUCAUGCAAGCCGCGCGUGGAGAGGCAGCAGCGGCGCCCUGCCACGCGCGCGCCCGUGGCGGUGGCCGUGACGCUGCCCAUGGUGACCAAGAGCCCCAGCAAGGAGGCGCCGCCCAAGGACCUCGCCGCCGCGGCCAAGCGCGUGCAGGCCGCCGUCGCGGCGGCGCCCGGCGACCAGCUCCUCCAGGUGGUGGUGAUGAAGGUGGCCAUCCACUGCCAGGGCUGCGCAGGCAAAGUCAGGAAGCACAUCUCCAAAAUGGAAGGAGUGACGUCGUUCAGCAUCGACCUGGAGAGCAAGAAGGUGACGGUGAUGGGCCACGUGUCGCCGGCGGGGGUCCUCGAGAGCAUCUCCAAGGUCAAGAAGGCCGAGCUCCUCGCCUGAUCGUCAUAUCAUCGACUACUCCGCCGCCUCAGCUCGCUCGCUCGCCGCCGUCGUGUAAUCGGUCGUCGAUCUCCGUCGUCCAAUGUCGAUCUCAACCAGUGCUAGCUAGCUUCCGAUCCGAUCCGAUCCAAGCUCAAGUACGUGAAGGACGAAGAACCUGCUCUACAUCUCGCUUAUUUUUGCUUGCAUUGUUGCCUGCUACCUGUGUAUCGUCAUAUGGUUAAAGUCUUAAAAGAGAGUGUGUGUCAUGGCAUGGUAUAGUUUAACAAUAUUGAAUGGAUGAUGAAAGCCUGCUUGUUUGUUUGUUA